UACAAUUGCUCUCUUCUUCCAUGCGAAAGUCCAUAAUGAAGACUCUCUUGUUUGUUAAAACAAAAAAUACGGAUACGGAUCUUGCGUGAAACAAAUUAAUUGAACACACGUAACAUUAUAGAAAGACUUGAAAGUGUUUAUUUAUUUAAUCACCGUAACAUGUAAUUACUUUUUUUGAUUUGUGAUCAUUCGUUCAUCUAUUUUUUGAUAUUCUAUUAUACUUUAAUUGUGUUUUGUCACCCUUUUGUGUUUAAUGUGAUGUCAGAUAGAAGAUAAAGUGUGAAUCAUCGACAACCUUCAAGAAAAAAUAUUUAAUACAAAUACAAUACACUCGGAAUGAGAAAAACACGGUUUAUGUGGGAAUUUGGUUUCAAAGAAAAUGGAAAAUCUGAAGAUUAAGAGAUUGAUGAAUAUAAUUAAUAAAAAAUAUUUUUUGUUAUUUGUUUUUCAAGCUUUUAGCAUAAUUCAUGAAACCCACACUCUUCAGUUUGCUAUUGAUAAUCGGCUAUUUGUUGCUCCUAGUGAUUGUUACAGAAGAGUAUCCAUUGGCUUUCGAUUGCCAGAUUCUUUGAUUAUUUCCUCCUUCGAAGCAAACUCCAUUUCUGAUUGCGAAGCCGCUUGUUCAACCAAUGGAACACUUUGCGGGUCUUUUAGUUUCGGAGUCGGAGUAAGGGGAAAUGGUACGUGUAUGCUCGGACAAGGAAUUCAAAGUGAUCAAGAUAGUCCACUUGAAGAUCGAGACUAUGAUAUUUAUGUGAAAGGACACAUAUCAUUACUAGGAUGUUUAACCAGAUCAGAUAAAUUAUUUAACAUUGUUCCACCUGUUUUAAAAAAUCAGAUGGAUGUCAAUGCUAAUAUUAACAAUAAUACACCAACAUUGAUGAUCAAUAGCAAUCCAAAAAAAAUUUUUGGAAACUCUAGUCUUUUGAAUUUUCUCAGGAGUUCUAUUUUUUCAAACGAUAAUAAUCAAAGCUUCAUAAUCAACAAUAGUAAUAACAAUCAAAAUAUUAGUAACAACAACAAUAAUAAUAUGAUGCCACGACAACGGAUGCCAGGAAGUUUUAUGUUACUUCAAACUGAUGAUCAAACAAGAAUUCAUGAUAUUUUACGAAAUAAGCAAACUUCUCAUUACCAUCCUGAACAUGAAUAUCAUGAUAAGACUGAUGAGUUUAAUUAUUUCCCAACAAUAUAUUAUAAUUUUGGAACUGAUGAUUUUGAAAGCGAUACGGAUAAUUUUUGGUCCUUGGUAGGAAAAGAAGAGGAUAAAAAUAAUGAUAUUCAUUACAAUAAAAAAAUGAGUGAUAAUAACGAUAAUAAUAAUUUAUUUGCACAAAAAGUUCCUGUAAAAAACAAUGAGUUAUUUUUCUCUACUGAUGCAUCUGAUGUCGCUGAAUUUGGAAAAAGGCUAAACACUCGUCCUACUUUUGUAUUUGAUACGAAUUAUAAAAACCUUUGGCUUAAUUCAGGGCCGGAGGACACAUUUUUAUCAGAAAAAUUACCAGAAAAGCUUGAAGACUUCGAAGUAGAAAAAAUUGAUAUAUUAAAAGGUGAAAAAGCCUGUUUUCGGAGGCUGGUAUCAGGCAAGCGGAUUAUCAAUACAUACGUACGAAGAACAAUAGAGUGUGACAGAUUGCAAGACUGUUACAGGAUGUGUGAAUAUGAAAGAGGAUUUACUUGUGAGGGUUUUAAUUAUAGGUCACUAAAUGGCAAAUCUAUGUGUGAAAUGACAUCAACUCCACCAAAUCAAGUCAACAUCCAUCGUGACUUUAUGCCUGACCGUUCCUGUGAUUUUUACGAAAGAGAUUGGACGCACAGUUGUUUUCAUAAACCUCCAAAAGAUCGAAGUUUUCCUCAAAACUGGUGGUCACCAAGUCCUAGACCUAAUUGGAAUUCAGACAGAUAUCCGGAAUAUCCUUUACCGCCAAAAGAGCCAAGACCUCUACCAGCUCCUCCUUCAUCAGCAAUAAUUCCAUAUGGAGGAUCUUUUAAAGAAAACACUCAGCUGACGAUAGAGAUUCCAAAACCGUUAACUCCACCACGAAGAUAUCCUGAUAAUUCUUGGACUAAACCUAGAGAUAGACCUCUUCCAGUUCAACCUCUGGAAGCUUAUUAUCCUGGCUUCGGAGAGCGAAGACCUAGUCAUGACGGUUUUUACAGCUACAAUAAAAUUCCUCAUCGAGCAUACUAUCCUGGAGAGUAUGACAGUUACAAUGGAAAUGGAUAUUCGUAUGGUCAUUUGACGGCUACGAGAUAUCGAGGGUCUAAUUAUUACCAUCGAUAUCCUCAAAGGAGAGUUGGAUACGGAACGGAUCCAACAAUUAAUGAAAUAGCUCCUCCAGAUUAUCGUAAGUUAUCAAAAUAUGGGGGCUCGAAUGGAUAUGGUCAUUCAUAUGCUGAUAGUUACCACAAUCAUUAUAUUGGUGACCGACCACAAUUGCCACCAGCUAAUGAUCGUGAACCUCCCCCUUAUUCAAUAAAAAUUCCUAGUGAUCAUCUUCCUGGACCUGCCUACAACUAUGGAGGAGUUUAUGAUUACCCAAAUCAUCCUAAUAAAGUCAUGAAACCAGUUCAUGAAUCUCGACAGUGUUCUGUUAGGUCAGCUGGAGGUUUUAAACUUGCCAAAGGGAUUGUUCGAAAAAGCUUUUUAACUCCUAACGUAGAGCAGUGUGAGCAAUUGUGUGAGGAGCAAAAAGACUUCAUUUGUCUCACUUUUGCAUUUAGUAGAUAUAACAUAGCACCAACAUCACCCUCAGACAAUUGUUUCUUGAGCAACAUACCUUUCGAGAGUCUCGUCUUCUACACUGACCUCGAACCAGACCGAGAUUAUGAUAUUUAUGCAAUGAUGGACUCAAAAUGGUGUGAAACUCGUAUGAAGCCACCAUAUCCACCAAGUCGACCACAUCCUCCAGACGAAUGUUUUUGGAGAGUGAGAAGCGGGUUUGGCAUGCCGACUACUGUUAUUAAAAAACCAGUUCAUGUAGACGGAAUAGGAGAAUGUCAAAUCCAAUGCGUUCGAUCAAGAGAUUUUACUUGUCGGAGUUUUGUAUACAAAUAUGAAGUGUAUCCAGUGCAUGGAACGCCCAACUGCUAUUUAAGUGACUGGACAGCAAUGGAAAUAAAUCCAGAACAAAUGCCAGAUAUGAAUAAUGCUGAAUUAUACGAAAGAGGAAGUUUUGGACGAGGUUGUGAACCUCAUCUUCCAGCCCCUUCAAUUGCUAGUCGCCCGGAUGAUCGUAAACACUAUCUACCAGACGAUGCUUCCUGUUACACGGGUUAUGAUAGACCUUGCAAAUUAACUCCCUAUGCAAUUGUUUUGGCCACAAGAGUACAUUCUGAAGUUGAGUGCCGUCGAAAAUGUUCAUUGAUGAGAAGAGAAUCAACACCUUGUAUGUCUUUUAGCUAUAGAAUAAAUGGUGAUCAUCGUGGUGAUAAUUGCUACCUGAGUGACAUUCCGACCAGAGAUUUACGACCUGGAUUAGAUUACAUCCAUGAUGAUGGCUAUCUCCUUUAUAUGUGGAAAGAAUUAGAACCAAAAUGUCUAUGGUUUGCUAAUCAUUAUGAAGAAAAACCUAAUUAUUAUCCUCUUUCUCAUCCUUCUGGAAAUGACAAUGGUCACAACCCGAAUUUAGAACGACCUCCAAUCAGACCGGAAGAUCCUUACAUUUAUGAAAUUACCAUUCCAGAACCCAAUAGACCAGCAUCGAUACCUUCAGGACCAGGAUCUUUAGGGCCAGUUUAUGAAACUGAACAUCCAGGCUAUCCAGGAGUUAAACCAGAAUAUGGAAUUGAUGAAAAAUUUUUUAUAACAAUCCCUGAUGAAUUUUCAGUAUUUCGACAUUUCACUGUAAAUGGUUUUCCAUGCAAACGAGGUACACGAUGCGAGAGAAACUGGGUUGCAGGAUUUUGGACUUGUGAGCCAGAAGGAUCAGAGCCAGGAGCAUGGGAUUAUUGCUGUGAACCAAGUCAUCAAUGCGGGUAUUCUCCAGGUCACAAUUUCCCGUGGUGUUACGUAGGAUCAUCUAAAGAUCAAUGGAGACCUUGCAGUGAGAAAUAUUAUCCUUAUCAGCUGAAUCCGCGGUCAAAUAGACCAAUAGAUCGAUCUUCAAGACCACGGUUUCAUGAAUGUGAUAGUUAUUGUCAAGGUAGACAUUGGCCAAUUGCUUUUCUUCAUGGAGAAGCACCACCAAACAGUACUGAUUCUGUUGCAUUAGCUAAUGAUGUUACAGACCGUGAUGUAACGGAAUCUUCAACUUUUACAUAUGUAGAAACAACUUUACCUGAUAUGGAAAAUAUGACAAAUCAGCCAUCAACUAAUCCCAGUACUUCUUCAGAGAGUGUUGCGAGAAAACGUGGAGUUAGACUUUCAGCUCCACGCAUUUUCAAAAACAAAAGGAAUCUUAUAAAUGGAUUGCCCGUUAAAAUCGUUAGGAAUCGUUCUAAUAGAACACUUGAAAGAAUAAUGAACCUAAAAUCGAAUUCAAGUAUUAAAUUGGAACAAAGAAGAAAUACUUCCAUAGGAUAUUCGCCUCAAUUUACAAAAGAUCCAAAUAGUGGGCAAUAUUAUAUUACCAAAAAAUUAAAUGCAGGUCUUGCAGCUCAAAACAACGAAGAUAAUAAAGAACAAUCGAAACCAAAUAUGGCUAAAAUUGAAAAAAUAUCGAAAAAUGAUUUAAGUAAAAACGUAACGACAGUAGAACCUCAUUUUGUGACUUUGGCAUCAUCUAUAGGACCCAAAUCAACAACUAAUAGCUUAAAAGUGACUUUACCUUCAAUUAGAGUGGUGUUUUCUAAUGAAAGUAGUAUUAGUAAUAAUACUAGACAAUGGGAAAAAGUGACUACAAUAGGAAAUAUUGAAGAGUAAAUAAUUUAUAAUUAUAUUUAAAAAUAAUCAGGCCAGUGGAUUGUGCGAACCGUCCUGAAUUUUUUUACCCUUGAAUUCACUUCAUAAUUUGUAUAUUAUAUGUGAAAUAUUUUGUGCAUAUAAAUAUUAUUUUAAAUAACUUUUUUAUUAAUUUUUUUUUUUAGUUUUUUAAUAAUUAUGUAAGCUUAAUAAUUUUUUUAUGUAAACACAUUAUGUUGAAUACUUUACAACAACGUUUGUCAAUUUUUAA